AUGCAGCCCGAGUUGACGCUCAUCGUCGCUGCCACGCGCAGCAUGGGCAUCGGCCUGAACGGCACCAUGCCGUGGACAGGUCUGCGCAAGGAGAUGCAGUAUUUCGCGCGCGUCACGACGCGGGUCUCCCCACAGGCGCCGCCCAACUCUGUCAAUGCCGUGAUAAUGGGCCGCAAGACGUGGGACUCUAUCCCGGCCAAGUUUAGACCCCUGAAGAACCGCCUCAACAUCAUCGUGUCCCGGCAGCACUCGGCGACGCUUCCUGCUGAGAUUGCGCCCUCUGAACCUGUGAGGGUGUCCUCGCUCGAGCAGGCUGUUGAGUUUGCGAGGACGCACCCCCUUAUAAGUAGGGUGUUUGUCAUGGGGGGAGGACAGAUAUAUGAUGCGGCGCUCAGGAUGGAUGCCGCGAAGAGGGUGUUGCUGACGAGCAUAGAGAGGGAGUAUGAGUGCGAUACCUUUUUUGGCUUGGAUUUGCGAGGUGAUGCGGCGGGGAGUCUGGGAUGGCGGAGGAGGCAAAGUGAUGAGUGGAGGGAGUGGACGGGAGAAAUUGGAGAUGCGAAGAUGGAGGAGGGCGGUGUUGGGUACGAGUGGCAGAUGUGGGAGAGGGAAUGA